UCAUGCAUACAAAGGGGUUUCUCAGCUUGGUGGUGCUGCUAUUCGCAUCUUCGGUCUUCAUUUUGUUGCCUGCUAUUCCACAAAGUUCAUCCUUGUCCCUGCGGAGUGGUUUAAGAAGCACCUCAUCUUGCAGACUAUCCCUGUCUGAGUCAGAGCACCGAUGCCAAAUUCCAGGUGGAAAACUGUGCAGCGGCAGAGGCCAAUGUGACUGUGGGGUCUGCAUCUGUCAAGUGACUGAGCCAGGCAAAUACUAUGGGCCACUGUGUGAAUGUCACGAAUGGGUGUGUGAAACCUAUGAUGGAGAAACUUGUGCAGGCCAUGGAAAGUGUGACUGUGGAAAGUGCAAAUGUGAAGAAGGUUGGUAUGGUGAUGCUUGUCAGUACCCAACUAUCUGCAAUUUUACACGGAGGAAAAGCAAUGAAAUGUGCAAGAAUUCUCAAGACAUCAUUUGUUCAAAUGCAGGAACUUGUCACUGUGGCAGAUGUAAAUGUGACAAUUUAGAAGGAAAUGGAUUGAUCCAUGGUAAAUACUGUGAGUGUGAUGACAGAGAAUGCAUAGAUGAAGAAACAGGACUGAUGUGUACAGGCCAUGGGAUGUGUUACUGUGGAAACUGUUACUGUGAGGCUGGUUGGCAUGGCGAUAAAUGUGAACUCCAAUGUGACAUCACCCCCUGGGAGAUCAAGAAGAGGUGUACCUCUCCAGAUGGCAAAAUCUGCAGCAACAGAGGAACCUGUGUGUGUGGAGAAUGCAUAUGUCAUGAUGUUGACCCGACUGGAGAUUGGGGAGAUAUUCAUGGAGACACUUGUGAAUGUGAUGAACGAAACUGCAAAGCAGUCUAUGAUCGAUACUCAGAUGAUUUCUGUACAGGUCAUGGCCAGUGUAACUGUGGACGAUGUGACUGUAAAACAGGAUGGACAGGAAAGAAGUGUGAACAUCCAGUUUCUUGCCCCAUCUCACCUGAAGAGAGUAUUAGGAAAUGUCAAGGAGAUUCACAUCUUCCAUGUUCUGGCAGAGGAAAAUGUGAAUGCGGCCAGUGUAUGUGUUUCCCUCCGGGAGAGUCCAAAAUAUAUGGCAAAAUUUGUGAGUGUGAUGACCGGCAGUGUGAAGACAAAGAUGGCAAUGUCUGCAAUGAAAGCUAUCCUGCUGAUGGACAGACAGACAGAUGGGCCAAGAUGAACAGCCAGACAGAUGGCUCAGGACUGCCUAUUUGUCCGUCAGCAGGCCAGUCCCUGAAAACAGAACAGAGUGGGACCAAAUUUGGUAUAGUGGGAGAAGGCGACAAAAGAAAAGUCAAGUUUGAAAAUGGGUUGGAUCUGGCCUGUGGCUUUAGAGAAAAAAAAUCCAAGAAAUUUUUGCAUCCAGAUGAGAGAAGCAAUUGA